AUGGCCGCCGCCGCCGCCGACCAUGAUCCUCUCCUCCUCCUGCGCCAGGCCAUCUCCUCCGGCAGCGCCUUCGUGCCGACCACGUCCGCCGCCACCCCCGACGCCUCCUCCGCCUCCUCCGCCGAGACGCCCCUCGCCCAGGCCUCACACCUGCGCUUUGCCCGCCAGGCCGCCGCUCUACCCCUCGACGCCCCCACGCGCUUCAUCUCAAACGACAAGCCCGUCGACCUGCGCAGCAUCUACUUUGCCUGGCUGAACCGCGAGCUCGCCAUCCCCGAGUACAAUGCCUCGGCCACGACGCUCAACGACAGGCUCGCCGCCGCAGGCUCCGCCGGAAAGGUCCAGAACCUGGGCUUCAUUGAGAGGCUCGACCUCAUCACCUGGCUCGAGGGCGCCAGCGAGGAGAGCGAGUACAUCAAGCCUCUGGCCGGUGAUGCCGCCGCCGCUGCCGCCGCCGCUGCGCCCGAGACCAAGCCCGGCGCGGUCUCGGCCACGGCCAAGGCCAGGUCUGGCAAGGGCACCAUGGAUCCGCGCCUCGCCAGUGUCUACGACGCCGAGCGCCGCAUGGGUGAUCGCAACACGGUCCUCAGAGGCAUCAAGCCUACGGACUUCUCCCACGUGCGCAAAUUGGCCGUGCCCUUUAUCCAGAAAAAAUCACACUCGGCCUCCGCCGUCGCUAGCGUCAAUCCGGCGCUGAUUGGCAACCCAAAGGCCUCAUCCCGACGGCCAGAUCCUAUCAUCCUGCUGUCGCCCUCGGCCUCGUCCCUCCUCCGCAUGUCUAACGCCCGCUCAUUCCUUGAAGACGGCAAGUUUGUGCCUCCCGACGCCUCCGCCGCCGCCUCCUCCGCAAGCAUGCUCCACGUCCAGCGCACCAUGCGCGGCAUCGAUCCCAACCGCCCAAUGCGCUUCAUCCUCGUCGAGGGCUCGGAGCAGUUCAAGCCUGAGUACUGGAACCGCGUCGUUGCCGUCUUCACCACUGGUCAGAACUGGCAGUUCAAGAACUACAAGUGGAGCAACCCCCACGAGCUUUUCAAGCACACCUUUGGCGUCUACGUCGGCUGGCGCGGCGAGGAGGUCCCCAUCAGCGUCCGCAACUGGGGCCAUCGGGUGCUGUCCACGGGCGUCGACCGGUGGAGGGGCGACGGCCACGACUCGUCUCGCUUCCGCGACAAGGAGGUGGUGGAGCAAAUCUGGAAGACGAUUGAGACGAACAUGCGCAGCAAGGGCUGGCGGGUUGAUGCCGCGCCUGCGUCGAUAUAA